UAAAUUUUGUGGACCAAACUCUUCAAGAUUUGGUAACUUUGUCAUUGCAGGGUUUUGACUAUCUUUGGCAUUUACCAUUUCUAUUCUGGGUUCUGUGAAUUUCGUGGAGAGAGAUAGAGAUAGAGCUUCUGGGUAUCUUUUAAUGGAGAAGAGGAUCUUGUUGUUGCUAUUGGUCAUGAUGGUGUUUUUGAAUCUAACGAGGUCUACGAGGGUUCCGUUUUGUGCUACGAAGUCUGUUAAAGAUUCCAUCUUUGGGUUUCGAGAUCAGACUUGUUCUGUUUCUGGUGUUGAAUCAGACAAGCGUCCUCAUUUUGGUGCUGUCACCGAGGGUGAUGAGCGUUGGUUGCAAAUGGCUUUAGAUAUGAUUCAUAAGGACAAGUGUGAUUAUGUGGCUUUGCUUUUCUAUGCAUCUUGGUGUCCAUUUUCAAGGUCGUUUAGGCCGAGUUUCGAUGUUAUCGCCUCUCUCUAUUCCUCGAUUCCUCAUUUUGCGAUUAAGGAAUCAUCCGUUAAGCCGAGUACCCUUUCUAAGUAUGGAGUUCAUGGGUUUCCCACUCUUUUGCUUUUGAAUUCGACAAUGCGGGCACGAUACCGAGGAACCAGAAUGCUUGAUUCUCUUGUUGCUUUCUACAGUGAUGUUACCGGUAUCAAAACGUUGGAUAAAACUUCUCUUGACAAAAGCGUAUCAGUUCCUCAUCUGGGGAACCAAAACAACACCGAGCCAGAAAACUGCCCAUUCACAUGGGCAAGAUCACCUGAGAAUAUGCUUCGACAAGAGACUUAUCUGGCUCUUGCCAUUGUAUUCGUCCUGUUACGAUUGCUUCACUUGAUAUACCCUACACUUGUCGUGUUUAUGAAAUUCACUUGGAGACGGAUUGCUCAGAACAUGAGACUAGAAAGCCUGCUAGAACAUACCGUCGGGUUUCUAAGCCGAGCUGUACAAUUAUGCAUGCACAGAAGAAGCAAUUUGCAGGGAGGAGCAAUGAACGCCAGAGCAUGGGCCUCUAAGUCUUUGGCCACUGUCUCAAUCGGGGAUUCAAGCUCAUCAAAUAGAAGAAGUUCAUCUUCUCAGUGACUUUAAACUUAUAAAUUUAGUAAAUGUGG